UGGGCUUGGUUUGUGUUUUCUUCCUGGCCAAAAGUUUAUUGUAGCUCUCAACCAAACAGCACACAAAGACUUUUAAAAUAUGUGUCAAUACUUAUAUUUGCUGCUGUGCUCCUAUAUAUAGAGCAGCCGCUUCCAUGGGCUGCAACCAAAGCAUUUACGAAGAGCAGUUAAGAAAGCAGACUAAGAAUUGCUCUUUGUUAUGCUUUAUUCAGGGUUUUGACAUCUUCCCAUUUUUAAAACAAAUAUUCUCCAUUGUAAUCUUUCAAACAACAUAGAACUUUUAAAAAUGCUCAAGACAGGGGUUCAUGCAGAGUGCUCUCUUCAUGUGAUAUUUUCCUUGCUGUCCCAAUCUCACUGUGCUGUCACAGCCAAUUUAAAAGCCUAGGAAGGGCACGCUUCCUGAAUCCCAGAGAAGAACAGUAUGGGAGAUUAGGGUUGACACUGUUAGCAGCAUGGAAACUCUCUUAGUAGUGCAGUAUUUGGGAGAGGUGCCAUGGUCUAGUGACUUGUGGAUGAGGCUAAAGAACUGAGAAUACCUCGACUUUAAUCCUGGCUUUUCCACUCUGUGGGCAGAUUACUAAAUCCCUUUGAGACUAUGUCUUCAUUUUUAAAUAAGAAUAAUAUACCCUCUAGAGCAUUGUAAGGAUGUAUAUAUUUAUGCAGUACUGCUGGCAAGCUGAUGAUAACUGCUUAUGCUUUGUGUUCAGCAUCAAUCCAGUUGUAGUCUAACCUGGAAGAUGCUGUCUUCUUUUGGUAUCAAUCGUUAUGGUUCUAACUUUGAAGGGGAGCUGCUUUAAUAAAAUCCAAAUACUGAAAUCAUGACACUUUGCUAUUUUUUCUUUAGUCUGUAUGUUUUUUUGCUGCUUUUGCAUUCUAGAAGAAGGUAUAAGUUCUUGCUCUUGGCAGGUUCUGUAGCUGCCAGUGUCACAGCAAUACUUAGCUUUAAAUAAGCUUCUUGGAUGGGGCCAUCUGUGUGUGGCUGUAGUACCUGUUGUUAAGAGAGUGGUGAAUAAUCGGGGAUAAGGAUUAAGAGAAGGCACAGGCCGGAGAAGAAGCAGAAAGGGAAUAGGCCAAGGUCUGCGGCAGGUGACCGGGUUUCCCAGCCCUGUUUCUGUUUGCCUGCUCGUGGCUGGGAGCCGCGGGCGGGAGGAGGGCAGGAGCAGGGCACCCAGUACCUGCUUAACCAGGUGCUUGGUUUUUUGUCGUUGUUUUCCUGCUUUUUCAAGGACUUUGGAAUCCUAUUCCAGUUUUCGGGAUAUCCAAGUAGCUUAGCUUGCCUAAGCGAGAAGGAGGAGAAAAUCUUUUCUUCCACAGCCUUUUGAAUGCGUGCGCUCAAGGGUUAUAAGCAGGCCACUCCCUUCUGCUCGGAGCUGGCCAUUGGGGACAGCGGGGACAUCCUUGAGAGCCGCAUCUCACAAUGAUCGCCUAUGUGCACUGCCUGCCCGCCGAGCCCAUGGUCGGGUGCCUCGGCAGGAGCAAGUGGCAGCCCAGCUGCAGCCAUGAGGAGGAGGAGGAGGAACUCAUCCCGCUGUAUUCCAGCAAAAUGGGCAACGCUCACCCCACGCUGCCCGGGCGCCUCAAGAAAAAGUUUCUGAGCAAAGACGACAGCUCCUUCUGGCCAACUGUUUCCAACCUAGAUGAAGAGAGUAGAUGGACUGUGCACUACACUGCCCCAUGGCACCAGCAGGAAAAUGUCUUCCUACCCUCCUCAAGACCACCUUGUGUGGAGGACCUGCACCGACAAGCCAAGCUGAACCUCAAGUCAGUGCUGAGAGAGUGUGACAAGCUGCGGCGGGAUGGCUACCGGAGCUCCCAGUAUUACUCUCAGGGCCCCACCUUCUCCUCGUCCUCCAGUGCAAUCUGUGGAAGUUACCAGGAUGAUUAUGAAGAAAUUGAACAAAAGUGUCCUGUCUCUUCCCCUGAAGAAGAAAAGCUUAUUACCAUCAAAAGGCCUAAAAGUCCAGCUACAAAUGAUUUAUCAGAUAUCAACACCCAAACCAACUGGACUAAAUCUCUCCCACUGCCAACACCAGAAGAGAAAAUGCGACAACAAGCACAAGCCGUCCAAACAGAUGUGGUUCCUAUUAAUGUGACUGGGGAGAAUUUCGACCGCCAAGCCAGCAUUCGGCGGUCUCUAAUUUACACAGACACGGUGGUAAGACGGCCGAAGAAAGUCAAAAGGAGAAAGACUAUUACAGGAAUCCCUGACAACAUACAAAAGGAGCUAGCAGUUGGUACUGGCCAAAGUGAUUUCCGAGGGCAUUCGAUGUAUGUCCCAGAUCACUGUUCCACGCUAGGGAGACUAGACAGCUAUCGCUCUGCUAUGCAGCGCUCUGAAACCAAGGACACCAGCUGCCAGACGGAGGAAGUUAAAGUUGUGCCCCCUUCAAUGAGAAGAAUACGAGCGCAGAAAGGACAAGGCAUUGCAGCCCAGAUGUCUCAGUUCUCCAGCUCAUCUGGAAACAUGUCCGUGAUGAGUGAUUCUGCUGCAGUUAUAUUUGCUUCUCGCCAAAAUAACGACAUAGGUUUUCACAGCUUGCCUCGGGUUGGUGCAAGAGUGUCUCUGCAAUCCCUAGAUCAGACGCAGAGCAUGAUGUCGAGGCAGACAGAAGACAUUGCUGACACUUUACCCCACCAGAUAAGCAAAUUGCAAGUGGAUGAUAGUGUUGUACAUCUGAGGAAUAAUCCCACGAUGGGGACCCUGUCGAGGCCGAAGUCCCAAGAGGUGAGAAGCUGUGACAGCGAGAAGCCCUCAAGCCCAGCAUGUGUGGUCUCUCCUCAUGCCACUUACUCGACGAGCAUCAUACCCAAUGCAACACUGUCAUCCUCCUCGGAAGUUAUCCUUAUUCACGCUGCCCAGAGUGUUGGAUCAUUGGAUAGUAAAAUUUCCAGCUCCGCUGCCUUUCCAAAUCCAAGAGACAAUCCUGCUGCCAGCAGUGCAAUAAGUGGGAAAGAAGAUCACCAUUCUUCAAGUGGUAACUGGAGUGAGAGUAGCUCCACACGUCACUCACAGACCUCAGAUACCAUCCCAUCUAACACUGUCAUGAUGCUUUCUCUUGGUGACUCUGCUGUCUCUCUAAGCACUCCUGGGAAUGCAGAGUCUGGGCCUCAGAGCAUGAGCUACAGCUCUAGGAACACUGCAGCUUUAGCAAGCCCAUCCCAGGACAGCGACGGUCGGAGUGAAUCCAGCUAUUCUGGGGAGCGAGCACAGGCAGCAGUGAGCAGCCCAGAGCAUUGGUUGUACAAGUCUUCAGAAGGCAGCGAGACCCCUUCUCGCAAGGUGGUUUGUACCACACCAGGCUGUGCCACGCCCGGCAGCAACCUGAGCAGCAGCAGCCUGGAGAGGACAUCAGUCAGGGAUGAUUCUACUUCCCUGUAUUCUGUGGACCACGAUGGCUAUUACGGCUCCAUGCAUGUGGACUCCGGACUGAAGUCAGACAUGCCGUGCAGCAGUACUAAUGGUUUUGAGAACCCCAGAGACAGCGUGAUAAAUGUCUUUGAAGGAAAGGAGAAGAAACAUCAGGAUGACCACUCAGGCCAAGGUGACAAGUCCCUUGCAAGAAACAUCUCGCUGAAAAAGGCAAAAAAGCCACCUUUGCCACCAUCCAGAACAGACUCACUCAGAAGGAUGCCUAAGAAAAAAACCCAAUCCAAUGGACAGGUACUUGAUGAAACUCUCAUUGCCACCCUCCAGCAUUCCCUGCAGCUGAAUCUCAAGUGCAAAAACGGCAGCUCCCCUUCCCAGAGCCCCUGCAGUGAUUAUGAGGAUCCCUGGGUGCUGCGCUCCCGCAGCCAAAGCUCGGUCAGUGCGAGCAGCAGCAUGAUGUCCACCACUGCUCCAAACCUGUACUCCAUCUGCACAGUCACCCCGUCCCAGAGUGAAACAAGUAGCAUAAAGUCGGAGUAUGCUGACCAGUGGGGUUACUACAGCGACUAUGCCGCGGUGGCAGAUGACCAGGUGAAAUCUCCAGUGACCCAUUCUGCCAGUACAUCAUCUGCUCUCAGCGAUUACAGCAUCAGCCACUUCAGUGAUGGCUCAAGGGCUUCUGUGCCACAAGUGCCCAGUGGACUGGCCAAACCAAAGAGUGCUUCUCCAGAGAAAUCCCACCGAGUCACAUCGCCAUCGAGUGGGUACUCUAGCCAGUCCAAUACACCCACUGCGCUUACUCCAGUGCCUGUACUUGUACGGUCUGCAUCAUCAGGAAAUGGCAAAUCCAAGCUGAAGCCUAAAGUGCCUGAAAGGAAGUCCUCUCUUCUGUCUUCAGUCUCCAUGUCUUCAUCAUCCACUUCUCUUUCUUCAAAUACAUCUACUGAAGGGAGUGUGAGUGUGAAGAAACUGGACCCUGCCCUGAGCCCUCCUGUGGAUUCUGGUGCACCUCCUCCAGCACAUCCUCUUCCAACACCUCCACAUUGCCCUGAACUUUCUCCUCCUCCUCCUCCUCCUCCAGCAGAAGUCAUGGAUCUGUCACCAUUGUCAGCCUCUCCCACGUUCCCCCCUCCUCCGCCAGAAGCCAGUGUAAAUUCUACCUUCGCUCAGACUGUCCCAUGGUUUCCACAAGAAGCCUCCAUCAGUUCAUUCUCUUCCCCUGUUCCUCCUCCCCCUUCUUGCCCCUUAGCUGUCCCACCACCUGCACCACCGCUUGAUCCCAAAAUAACAAAAGGUGCAACAGUAUACCCGCAGUAUUCUUUUAAGAAACGAAACCAGGAGGAUUCUUGCUAUAGUCCAGUGAAACAGCCACUCCACAAGCAAGAUUCAUCGAGACCUGUGAUGCCAUUAGUAACCACCAAAGCACUGCAAAUGGUGCAGUUGAGGUCCGUGAAAAAAUCAACAGAAAGUGAACCAUCAACUGAAUCUGCUUCUGAAACCACCUCUCAGGAAAAGAGUACUGCUAAUUCAUCGGCACAGUCUUUGCUAAAGCCAUCUCUCUCACUAAAAUUGAGUUCCAGCUUAGGCGAUGGGGAAAUGAAAACUCAAGGCACUUCAUUUAAAAAUGCAGUUCAAACACUGUCUCGGGGUUCUCCUCUCAUUCUUUCUGAUAACACACCUGUAAUUGAUAGUGAUCAAAAGCCUGUGAGUGCAGUAGAUCUGAAGAAAUCUUCUGAAGCCAAUGCUCUGGGGUCAGCCUCUGAUGACACACCUGAGUCCUCAGUGCAGAGUGAAGACGUCCCUUCUGGCAUGUCACUUCAGGGGUCACCAGCAUCUCCUGACAAGACUCAGGUUGUGUUGCCAAGCAAGAAACCACCUCCUAUUUCAAAGAAACCCAAACUGUUCCUUCUGGUACCACCUCCACAGUUAGACCUUACAGUGGAGAAAGCAGCUGAAGUGAGUGAUACUGCCAGAAGCCCAACUAAGAGAGACGCUGUGCUUGCACACUCAGAGGAGACGAGAAAUUGUCUUACAGAUGGACUCGGUUCUAGCGAGAUGGACUCUGGCAGCCUGGUUCCUGAGGGAGGAGCUGCUGGAUUCACCUUCUCUGAGACAGUGGGAGCAAAUGCCUUUGUGGUACAGCCUGCUGCAUCACCAGUUCAAGAAGAACCCAGGCAGGAGGAGCAGUCUGCUUUUGAUGAAGGAAGCAGUUCGGGCAGCAGCCAGGACAGUGGCAGUAACGCUGACGGGCACCUAUCUCAGGAGAACGAAAGCGUGGAGGUGUUUGAAUCAGACACAGCCAAUAGUUCAUUCCUGCCAAGCAGUAGUUAUGGGGAAGAGACGGAUGGAGUGGCAACACCAGCAAGACCAAGGACUACUGAGGAUCUUUUUGCAGCCAUUCACAGAUCCAAAAGGAAAGUCCUUGGCCGUAAAGAUUCUGAAGACGACCGUACCCGCAACCAUUCUCCGUCGCCCCCCGUAACUCCCACUGGUGCUUCCCCAAAUUUAGCUACCCUCAAACAAGCUGGAUCUAUUCAGAGAAGCGUUCGCAAGAGCAGCACCAGCAAUGACAAUUUCAAAGCCCUGCUGCUGAAGAAAGGGAGCCGCUGUGACACCAGUUCCCGCAUGUCCGCCGCAGAGAUGUUGAAGAACACGGACCCGCGGUUCCACCGGACGAGGACUGACGCCUCCCCUGACCUUUCCGACAGCCCUGCCAGCUGCUCACCCAGCAAGAGCAAACGGGCCCAGGAAGAGUGGGCCAAGAGUGAGGGCGUGAUGCCAAGGAGCAUGUCCUUCUCUGGCACGAGGUACGGCCGGUCACGGACACCCCCGUCUGCUGCCAGCAGCAAGUACAACGUCCGCAACCGCAUCCAGAGCAGCCCCAUGACUGUCAUUAGUGAAGGAGAUGGGGAAGUGGUGGAACAGUCCGAGGGCAGGGUCCGGAGGACUUUGGAGGAGCAGCAAGAGGGGCAGCUCGAUAUGUUUAACAGUGAUGAAAUGGACAUGAAUGACUUUCCGUAUGCUGAGGAGGCAGGCUGCAAGGAGACCUUAGAUCCAGCCCAUGUAGACUUAAUGACUCAACCAGGUGCUUCAAGGAAGUGUCUAAACUCUUCAGCUGAAGAAAGUUAAAAGGCAGUGUGACAAAAGGCUUUGGAUAUUAGUCUAGAAAAUCACAGGGACUAGAUUCCAGAAGAAAGCCCAGACCAGGACAAGGUUACUUUGCUGAGCAUUUAUUCCACGAACUGCAUGUGUACGUUUAAAUGCUGAAGCGAUGAUGGUUCUGCAUGGUUAGGUUGGGGUGGGGAGCACUUGCUUUGAAUGAGUGGUCUGUGGCUUGAAGAAAGUUAACAGUUGAAUUUUUUGUGUAAAGCCUUAGAAGUCCUCUUGUGGGAUAGGGUGGGGAAGUUUUCUCAGAAUCUGUAGGGGUGUGAAGUUUUUCUUUUUCUUGAGACUGCAAUUGUGCAAGCAAAAUUUAGGAGUAAGCCUGAAAUGGGAAGGCUCUUGUGGUACAAGCUGGACAUUUGGUUCAAAAGCAUUGUAGUGAUGCAACGUAGUGCAUUUGUUAAACAGAGGGAGACACAAUGAGGCACAUUCACCUCUGAGAGAAGGUAGCAGGGUUGGUGCUGGGGUUACAUGGCUCCUUAGUGGGUAUGGCCCAGCCUUCGAUGAAGUGUGUCCUGCUCAAGCAGUGAGCUCACCAGGUUAUAGAUUGGUCCAGGGUACUGUACUUUUAAUUCUUUUUCCUGAGGGAAAAUGAACUGUGUAGUUAUCGUGGAAAAGGGAGCUGAUUUUAUAACACACUACUGGCUGCUAUGCAGCCACACACAUUCACUUGGUGAAACAAACAUUUCCAGGUGAAUUGCUUCCUUGACUGGAGUAUUCCCUUAGAGAACUAGAACAGCUGGAUGUGUGCAGAGGGUGCAAGCAGACACCAGGAAAGCGGGAGAUGAAUGAAGCAGAAUUUGGAAGGGUUACUGUCAGGGUUUAGGUAUUCCCCAAUUUAUUGUUCCCACAGAAACACUCCGAACCAUGCACUGCUUACUCCCCUCUCCUCUUACCUCUGUGAGUGGUUGGAGAGGAGAAUUGGAGGCACAAAAGGUGCAGAUUGGGGCCUGAUAAAAGAAAAAUCUGGAAACAACAAUGAAGUAAGAAAAUGGACAGUAACAGCAAUAAUACUUAGAGUGCACACAGAAGAGGUGAAUGGCUCACAGGUGACUGCUCAUCAUGCGGAGCCUGGUAAUGUGUGACCUGCUGCCCCACUUCCUUGUCCCCAGCGGUGUGGUGAGGUAGUGUAGCACAACCUCUGUGUCCUGGCCACAGCCCCUCCUGGCUACUGCAAAAAAAUAAACCCUGUCCUGGCCGGAACCAGGACAGCUGUGUUUCUGAAUUAGAAAGAGAAAUUUGACUUGCACUACAAAGCUGUAGGUGGAGCCUGUCUUUCAAAACUGAAACUUGGGAGUUGUGUUUUGCCAGAAAUCUGUCUUUCAUUUGUCAAAAUGGGGAGACUUUUCAUCACUUGAAAUACAGAUACUUGCUAACUUUUGGUUACCAAAGAAUAAGUUACAGUUACUUUCCUUUUUGAUUUGCCUGCAGUAUUGCUUUUCUUUUUUAACCUUAAUAAUUUAGUGAGGUUCGUUUUUAUUGUAUAUUUUACAGAUAAUAAGAACAUUUAACGGUUUUCCAAUUGUAAAGAAGACCAUUAAUUAAAACUGAAAUAUUGGCUGGAGUUUUUGGUUCUUGGUAGGAAUGAAGCUUUUAAUUUUUAAUAAGAAUUUUGCAUCAUUUGAUGGCAUGCGCAGUUUUUGUAUUGUUUGUAAAUAUUGAAAGUUGUUAAAAUAUCUUUUGAUCUCCUUACUGUAGAAUUUUUACAUUUUUAGAUUGCUUUUAAGAAGAAAAAGCACUCUUUGUAGAUUAUUUAUUUUAGAGAAAUAUGCUUGUAAUCUCUUUCUUCAAUCCUUUACUUGUUAGUUCUGUAAAUUUCAGGGGCCUUCAUUUAACUCUUCCCUUCACAAGAGGGGAAUAGUGCUGAAAAUGCUGUGACUUCGCUUCAAUAAAGAAAAAGCCUGCCAGUUGCCAUAUUGUCUUUUGAGUCGAUUAAAAUCUCUUUCAAAAGAUGUGUCCCACAGCGUAUGGCAACCCACUGAAUGCCAUAAUCCAUGCAUCCAGCUACUAAUCUCCAGUUUUCCUUGCAAAAUUUACUAAUUCACUUUAGAGACAACUAAAGUGUACUCACACAUCCAUCCCAUUUCGGUAUCUCAAUUCUGAGACUAAAAAAAAUUAAAUAAUCCUAAGAUUUUUCCAGUGUCAUGUGAGAGUUUCUACUACUUCUCUCCUACUUGCAACCUGUCCCAGAAAACUAAAAUUCUUGGAGAACCAGAUUAUAAGCAGAGUGAGUAAGAAGUGAAAUGGACAAGUUGAAUCCAGCUGCGCUCAGUCGAACAAGGCUGGUAUUCACUGGUGUGCAGCAAACUUUCUACCAUUUUUAUAUGCUAACUAUAUUGAAAGAACCAUUGGAUUUUUAAAAUGAAAAUAAAGCCUAAUUGGAUAAAGUA